AGACAAUGAAAGCAAAGACGUCUACAUCGUUGAUUGGUACACUCAGUUUUGCCACAUACACUGACGCAGUGAACAACGAUACAAACAUAACCCUUACAACAAGUUUGACAAGUGAGAACGUCGGAGACUGCGGACAAAACACACAGUAGUUUUUAAUUUAAUAUAGAAUUAGAUACACGAUAAAUUAGUAAUUAUGAACUGGGGUUUUCUAUUACUUUUGGUUGGCUAUGUGUUUUACAAUCCAGCCGACAGUGGAGCGGUACAGCUCAAAAAUGAUAACAUUGAUAUGACAUUAGCGUCAAAUGAAUUAGUUUUCAUAAAUUUUUAUGCGGAUUGGUGUCGAUUUAGUAAUUUACUACAGCCCAUUUUCGAUGAAGCCGCUGAUACGGUGCAUAAAGAGUUCAGCCAGGCGGGGCAGGUGGUGAUGGGCAAAGUGAACUGUGAUGAAGAAACAGCAAUUGCCAAACGAUUCCAAAUCACAAAAUAUCCAACACUAAAAAUUAUCCAAAAUGGUGAGGUGCAAAAACGUGAAUAUCGUGGGCAACGAUCUCAAGAGGCAUUCGCACAGUUUGUACGCAAUCAAUUGAAGGAUCCAAUCACCGAAUUUGCCGCAUUAAAAGAUCUGGAAAAAUUGGACACACGCAAACGGAUUAUCGUUGGAUAUUUCGAUCGACGUGAUAUGCCUGAGUAUAACGUUUUCCGUCGUGUUGCCGCUAACUUGAAAGACGAUUGUCAUUUUUAUGUCGGUUUUGGUGAUGUUGUCGCUCAAAUGCAUCCACCUGGUGUGCCGAUUAUCGUGUUCCGGCCCGAUAUCGACUUGUCCCAUGACAAUGACGAAACAUAUAAAGGCAGCCUAAGCGGCAUUGACGAAUUGAAGAUCUGGGCACAAGACAAAUGCGUACCGCUCGUUAGAGAAAUUACGUUCGAGAAUGCUGAAGAGCUCACCGAAGAAGGAUUACCAUUCUUGAUCUUGUUCCACGCUACUGAUGACACUGAAUCAAUCAAGAACUACAAAGCCAUCGUUGAAGCCCAAUUACUUUCGGAGAAACAAAACAUCAAUUUCCUCACAGCUGAUGGCAAACGCUUUGCUCACCCGUUGCAUCACUUGGGAAAAUCACAAUCUGAUUUGCCUUUGAUUGCUAUCGACAGCUUCCGGCACAUGUAUCUCUUCCCAAAAUUCGAGGACAUGUACACGCCUGGCAAACUGAAGCAAUUCGUCGAAGAUUUGCACAGUGGUAAAUUACAUCGUGAGUUCCACUACGGUCCCGAUCGAACCGAAGAAAAUCCAUCGAAUCACAUUUCAUCGGAUAAACCAACGAAUCCGCCAGAGUCAACGUUCAAAAAAUUAGCGCCAUCGAAGAAUCGAUACACACUACUGCGUGAUGAACUCUAAGUGCAUCUUUUAAUUUAUUUCCAAUUGUAAAUACACACAUGCAUCCAGAGAAGGGGAGCUCCUAUCCCAACCAACAACUGCUAGCACUCACGCAAUGAACAAACAAAAUAACUUCUCUUCCCAACUAAAUUUGAUCUUCUCCCUCUUCUCUGGACAUUUGAACAGAUAGCUCGAUAGAACGUGCCUAGAUCUAAAUUCUGUUGUUUUUUCGUCAACUAAAUUUCAAUUCCACUGCUAUUAAGUGAAUGGUUUUUCGUUUGGAGUUGCUCUUUUGCAUCCAUGGAAUAAGUGCACACAUCCAGCAGGUGUUGUGUGAUGUUAGAGUCAAUAUUGUAACAGAAAGAUACAGAUGAUGAGAUCCAAAAUGCAAAUUUUGGAAUCGACUUUUUAACACAAUUUUACAGAAACAAUAAUUGUUUUGUUUAGUUUAAUUCCAAAUCACAAAUUGCAAACAAAUCGGAGUGUUAUUUUUUGUCGUUUCCACAGAAAUAUUUUGAUUUAUUUCACUUGAAUAAAAAAAAAUCUUAUCAAAAAACACACAUAUUGAUAAAAACUACGAACAAAAAAUUCUCUGUUUUUUAUCGCUUUUGGACGGAACGUUAUUACAGAUCAUUUUACAAUUUUUUUUUUUUAAACGUUAACUCUAAGUAAAUUACAUGUUGUGAUUUACAAUAUGGAAAAAAACGGUACAAUUUUAAGGCACAUUAUUGUGACUUUUUUUUCUGACGAUCUUACAAAAUAAAAAUGAAUCGAUUUGACCACAA